UAAAAAUGUUACGACAGAGCCCGCAGCUGCUAUCACAUCUCCAGGCCGCUGUGCCAUGGGCUGCUAGAAAGACCCCAGCACUGGGGUGCUUGAUUAGCAAACCUCUGUCGAGAAACUACUCCUCUGUCCAAUCCAAAAAAGAAGUCCGCAAUAGUGAGCCGAAGCUGCGACACCCACGCUCUCUCCAGGCGAUUCACCUCAAGCCGCUGAAGCGCGAGGCUCAAUACGGCGUCCCCUCGUGCGAUCUCCAGCUGCGAUCAUUCAGCUUGCAACCCCUCCAAUUCUUCUCAGACUUUGCGCUGCGAGCCGCAUACUACCUGGGCCUUCCCGCCUCAGGCCCAGUAACACUACCCCGAAUCACAGAGCGAUGGACCGUGCCCAGGAGUCACUUCAUCUUCAAGAAGUCGCAGGAGAACUUUGAGCGUGUGACGCUGAGGCGCUUGAUCCAGAUUAAAGACGGCGAUCCCGAGACGGUCCAGCUUUGGCUUGCGUAUCUGCGCAAACAUCAGUUCUAUGGUAUUGGUAUGAAGGCAAACGUGUGGGAGUUUGGUCCAACAGAGAUGUCCAAGUCUCUCAAGGAUAUUGAAGCAGGGCAGGACGCUCCUUGGGCUCAUCUUGGACAAAUAAAAGGCAUUGGCGCAGCUGAAAAGGUGGCAGAUAUUCUGAGCGCUCGGCGGGUAAAGAAAUCCGCUGAUGACAACUUUCCCAUCCACGAGAUAUCAUAGGAAGAGAGAAGGGAUAAAAAAAAUAAAAAUACCCAUGACAGUUAACCUGCGCAAGUUCAUACAAUCUCGACAAGCGACUGGGAAUUCGUUGCCCGCAUCUCAUAUGAUAGGGGAGAUGUCAAUUACAGCACCUAUUCAGCUCAAUACCUAUGAAAAAUAUUAUACUUGAAAAAAUACUUGGAGACAAAUAAAGCCCUUAUUUACGCUACUAUUGCUUUAUUCAGCUUACACUAUUUUACUUUUUCUGGGACAUCUAGACUAGUACUAUAUUAGAACAUGUUUUUUGGUACCUAGACUUGAGGUUUUAUCUCUGUUCCCUCUCCUUAUGCUGUACCACCACGCCCUCCAACACCCCAUUUUGCCUGCGCCUCAACAACAUCAGCCUUAAUAGCCGGCAGCUCUCUACCUCGUUUGGUUGGCCACGCUAGGAAAUUAGUUUCAGCGAGGUAUCUUAAGAAGCGGCCAACAGCUUCUCUACUAAUGCCCUCUCCAGCACUCUCAUCAACACCUGUCCACCGGUCUGCAUCAGCCUUGAGGACAGCAACAGCAUUGCGAUCAUCUAACUCCGGCGCGCGAGUGUUUGUGGGGAGAUUGUUCGUCACCAUGUGGAAAAGAGGCAUUAGAGCGUUCUGUUCCUCGUCUUUCUGGAUAGGACCUGCCGAGACAAAGGUCUCGAGCUGGGCCUUCCAGUGGUCGUAGUCCACCUCAGGAACAUCGUAGCCGUAGUAGGUCAGGAUGGAGAGAUACUCGUUCAUGCGCAGGCGAGGAUGGGCAGUGACGUGGAUGACGCGGACACCGACGUCGCCGCUGCCGCUGCCGCUGUUUGCAGUCUGGGCUGGGACAGGGUUUAAGCUGGCUGCGACGACGACAGUAGAGACGUGGCCAACAGGCACGGCGUUGAUUGUGUUGAUUAUGUGCGGACGGCUAGACAGCUGGAUACAGCCUUUGAGCAUGCGGAUAAGAAAGUCGUCGUUGUUGCACACACCGGUGGCAGCGUCUCCAAGGAUAUAACCAGGUCGGACGACAGAUCCGAGGAGGCCGCGUCUGCCAGCCUCACGGACAAGCUGUUCAGAUACCCAUUUGGUCUGGCCGUAUCCGGUGCCGAGACCGCUGCGACUGCCCAUCAUGUCAUCUGCUUCCAUGACAGCGCCUUGUCCAGUGCUGGUCUGCUCUUGUGACAGGUUGAUAUAGUAAUCCGUGUCUAGAACGCUUGUUGAGCUAACGAAUGAGAAAAGCUUAGGCUUGCCCUGGUUACAAAGCCGCAUGGCAUCGAUUGUUGAUAGAACAUUGCUACGCUCGAGAUGCUUAUACUGCUUUACCCAGUGGACGAGUGCGCCGUUGUGGAUAACCACAUCGACAGCGUCGCCAAGCAUCUUCCAUGUGUCGUCAUCAAGUCCAAGACGCGGCUGUGCCAGGUCACCAAUGACUGCGCUGAGCCUAGUGGCCCAAGAAUCCUGCCAUACACUGUAUCCACGGAGUGACUUCUGGAGCCGCUCGAGGGCGGCCGAGACGCCCUUUGUUCCACGGAUAUGGGCAAUGACGUGAACGUUCUCACGCUCGAGCAAAUCCUUGACGAUGAAAGAGCCCAAGAAACCCGUGGCGCCAGUCACAAAGACGGUCGUCUUGCCUGCCGGCGAGAGUGUCGCAGGGUCCGCCGCCUGAUACUUGGCAUCGAGGCUACCGAGCAGCUUGUCG